UAAUGUCGUCAAAGUUCCUAAAAAGCCAGUGGAAUCGCCCUCUGCAAAUACACUGAAACCACGACUCGGAAGCUAACUUCAGCGUCUAAAGUUCUGUGGACAUAAUUCAGCUGCCACUGAAAGAAACCAUGGCAAAGGGUCGUCAGGCCAACCAGGAGCUCACCGAGGUGCUAAAUAAACUUUGGCGCCUUGAUAGCAACCGCCUCAAACCGGGAACUGAUUAUGUCAUUUCUCUCCAGGGGAAGGCAGGUUAUGUGACACAGGGAACUAACAAUGCAAAAGACUGUGCCCACGCUCCUCUCUUCUCAUACGUCAAUGAAGAAAAACUGAAGACGAUUAAGACAUAUGAACAUUUCAUCAACUUGCUGGACAACUAUGAGAUGUCCACGGGCGUUUCAGAGACCGUCACAUCGGAGGAGAUGAAAGAGAACAAGCUUUUUCUCAACGCCAUCAUGGAGACUGAUGUUAUGAAGUGUGCUCAUGACUAUCUGGUCAAGAAGGGCCAAUCACCGUCUGACCCUGCACAGUUCAAGAAGCAGCUGUAUGACAUCUGGUUCCGCCUCUACCACAGGGACAGGAGUGGAGGUGAGGAUUCUUGUGGAUUUGAACAUGUGUUUGUUGGAGAGACCAAAUUUGGCAAGGAGAUAAUGGGCCUUCACAACUGGAUCCAGUUUUAUCUGCAGGAGAAGCGCGGCAAUGUCGACUACAAAGGCUACAAAGCACGAGACAACAAAGACAGACCUGAUGAGGACGACCACAUGCUGAACCUGCAGUUCAGUUGGAAAGGCUUGGUGAAGCCAAUUGGCGGCUCCUUCAUUGGUGUCAGUCCAGAGUUCGAGGUUGCUCUUUUUACCAUCAUCUUCCUCAUGUCGACUGAGAAGAUGACAUCUGUGGUGGUCAAAGUGGAUGAGUACAUGCUGGAGCUGGUCGUCUAUCGACAUGGCCAGUCCAUUGGCACAUCCUUCCCCAAACUGCUCAGCAGCAACAACAGGGAUUUGUGAUUUCACAUCCACCUGAUUUGUUAACGGUCCUUAAGAGUGACUGAUAAUUUUUUUUAUUCUUUUACUUAGUUUAUGUGCAGUUUAACCUCUCAAAACAAACCCGGAGCAGGGUGCUAUCUUUGCAUUUAAAAUCUAAACCUGAUCUUGACUGGUAUUAUGGAAGGAAUAAAGAUGGUUAUUAUUCAUUCAGUUAAUCAUUGUAUUCUGUUUGAGAGUAAAUAAAACAUUUGUUAACACUUAA